AUGUCUAAUGUUUCAUUGGAUGAUAAAACUAUGGCCAGGCAAAACGGAAUCGUUCAACCUCUGCUUACUGAUCUUUAUCAAAUAACAAUGGCAUAUGCAUAUUGGAAAUCUGGUAAAGUAAAUGAUGUUGCUGUCUUUGACCUAUUUUUUCGCACAAACCCAUUCCAAGGAGAAUUUACUAUAUUUGCGGGCCUUGAAGAAUGCUUAAAGUUUUUACAGAAUUUUCAUUACUCUGAAAGUGAUAUAGACUACUUGAGGCAAACAUUGCCAUCAACAAUAGAGUCUGCAUUUUUUGAUUACUUAAAAGAUUUAACCUGUAAGGAUAUCAUUUUAAGUGCGAUUGAAGAAGGGUCUGUUGCAUUUCCAAGAGUCCCAUUAUUAAGAGUUGAAGGCCCGCUGAUAAUCGCUCAGUUGUUAGAGACAACUCUUUUGACCCUGGUUAAUUUUGCAAGUCUUAUGUCUACAAAUGCAGCUCGCUACAGAAUGUUUGCUGGCAAACAUAUCUCUUUAUUAGAAUUUGGACUGAGAAGGGCACAGGGACCGGAUGGAGGACUUUCAGCAUCGAAAUAUUCGUAUAUUGGGGGUUUCGAUGGUACGAGCAAUGUCUUAGCUGGCAAGAUGUUCAAUAUCCCCGUAAAGGGGACGCAUGCACACUCGUUCGUGACGUCAUUCAGUACACUUGAUGAUAUAAAAUGCGUUACAUUGCAACACGCCGAAACACAAGAGCAAUGUAAUCUUCUAGAGAAAUCUUUAGAUUGGCGUAACAGGCUCUCGCUAAUAUUGGACGCGUCUCCCGAAGAAGCCAGCGAUGGAGAGCUGGCUGCUUUGAUUUCGUAUGCACGAGCGUUUCCUUCGGGCUUCCUCGCGCUGGUCGAUACCUACGACGUGAAGAGGUACCGCUUUGAUGGCUUGCACAGGCAACAUAUGAAUGGGCAUUCCGGCUACAAUAGCAACUGUGGAACCAAUGGUAUUACACCGGCUAUCCGUAGUAGAUGUGGAUACACGGUCGAACGCACACUGAGGAGCGGUUUACUGAACUUUUGCGCUGUUGCAUUGGCAUUACACGAGUGCGGAUAUACAGCUGUAGGGAUUCGAAUCGACAGUGGUGAUUUGGCAUACCUCUCAGUAUUAGCGAGAGAUACCUUCAAGAAAAUAGCUGAAACUUUCGCCCUGCCCUGGUUCGCUAAGCUGACAAUCGUCGCCUCAAAUGAUAUAAAUGAAGACACGAUAUUAAGUCUUCAUGAGCAAGGUCAUGCAAUUGACUGUUUUGGUAUCGGAACACAUUUAGUUACAUGCCAGCGUCAGCCAGCCUUGGGAUGUGUCUACAAGUUGGUAGAAAUAAAUGGACAGCCACGGAUCAAGCUCAGCCAAGAUGUUGGAAAAGUAACAAUUCCCGGUCACAAAAAGGCGUAUAGAUUAUUCGGUGCGGAUGGUCACGCGCUGAUAGAUCUAUUGCAACGUUCGUCGGAAGCGGCGCCUGAGGUCGGCCAGAAAGUACUCUGUCGUCAUCCCUUCCAAGAAUCCAAGAGGGCCUACGUUAUACCCAGUAAAGUCGAACAUCUUUAUAAGAUAUACUGGAAAGACGGACAGAUCACCACCGCACCAAAGCCGCUGUCCGAAGUUCGUGAAAGAGUUCAGGCCUCGCUAAGAACUCUACGUCAGGAUAUCAAGAGAAAUUUGAAUCCUACGCCAUAUAAGGUCGCAGUAAGCGAUGACCUCUACAAUUUCAUUCACGACUUGUGGCUACAAAACGCACCGAUCGGUGAAUUGUCCUGA